CUGUGAAAAAUAUGGUAUCCUGAUAAGUUAUUCUCAGCUUUGACCCAGUUAAAAUUUUCAAACCCUAUGGGUCACAAAUUACUCUGUAAACGGUGGUUUCUGUGUCUAAGAAUGUCAUCUAGCUUUAGCCCCAUUUACAGAGAGUGACGCGAUAACUUACUUCCUCAAGGCCAGAGUAAAAGUGCCCUGAAUUUGUUUGUUUUUUAGUCCAAACAUCUCAAUUUGGGCACAAGGUUGGCAAAACGACGCGAAAUCAUAAACCAGCUUGUUCGGACUUGUAUGCGAUCACUUGGGUCACAGGAAAUCGGUGAGACAGCAGUAGCGUGUGGAAUGUCCGCGGGUUCAGUGCAAACGUCCAGGGUUUUCUGCGUUGUUUCUCUCCACCUCAAAGAAGAAUACAGGACGCUCUGGAAGAUGCGAUGGCACAGUCGGCCAGCAAUGGAGUUCAAAACGGUGGUGCUGGUGGAGGGCAAUAUUGUACAACCUCCCGACGCUAGGGGGCGCCAGACAACUACUUUCACCUAAAGGUGCCAGAGGCUUCACCGACCGGAAGUUCCCUUGCCCCCAAAAAAGAGGUAGCUGAAGACGUAAGCCAAUGAGAUUGCCCUGCGUGGGGGCCGCGCUUCCCUCUCUUCCCAAGGUCGUCGCCGCCCAGAGUUCUGACAUAGCCAAUCAGUGCGGUCCUGCAGACGCGCGCGUCUGACGUCAGACUCAGGGGCGGAGUCAAGUUGGAAUUUUGGCGGGUUUAGCUGUAGACCGGGAAGAGGUGCAGGCUCCAGAGAACAUUUGAUCUUCAUCUCCUGGACACCCGAUCUUCCUUCGAAGCUCCUUGACACAACUGUUCUCUCGACAGCAUGGAUGGGGAGGAAGAUGAUUUAUCUCUGCUGACCGCCCUGUUGGAAGAUGAGUCAGCUUUGGAUUGUGAUUUAGAAGAGAGUAACUCCUUGAUCCAAGAAGAUGGCGAACCUGACACCUUUGAUGAGCUCUUUGAUGCAGAUGGUGAUGGUGAAUCUUACACCGAAGAGGCUGAUGAUGGAGAAGUGGGAAAGACGGAAGACCAAAAAGAAAAUCUGGCCACCCUUUUUGGAGAUGUGGGGGACUUAACUGAUGAAGAAGAAGUUCCUACGUUGCAAUCAACAAAAAAUAACGUCCUCUCCACUCCUGCCCCCAGUCAAGAGAAAACAAAUCAAGAAUUACAAGAUGAACUAAGGAAGUUGCAAGAACAAAUGAAGUCCUUACAGGAACAGCUAAAAGUAGCAACAAUAAAACAGCCUGCAAGUCCAACCCUUCCACGUAAAUCCCCUGCUAAGUCUCCACGGCCUCCUCUUACGGAGAAGAAAGUUCAGAGAAUUCAGGAGUCAACGUGCUUCUCUGCAGAGCUCAAUGUCCCUGCUGUGCCAAGAACCAAGCGAGUGACUCAGACCCCAAAAACUUCAUCUGCAGAGCCCAUGAAUUCAUCUUCAAGAAUGACAAGUGCACCCUCUCAACCACUCCGAACUAUUCCUGGGAACAAACCUAGCGGGUUGACUAGAGAUGCAAGGACAGGGACCUCACGGAAUGCUGGGGAUCCGGCGGUCUCUGUGGAGGCCUUCUCUGGCUUGCGGCUCAGACGACCUCGAGUGUCCUCUACAGAAAUGAAUAAGAAAAUGAUUGGCCGAAAACUGAUCCGACUUUCUCAGAUCAAAGAAAAGAUGGCAAGUGAGAAGCUGGAAGAAGUGGACUGGGUGACAUUUGGGGUUAUAUUGAAGAAGGUCACUCCACAGAGUACUACCAGUGGGAAAACAUUUAGCAUUUGGCGACUGAAUGAUCUUCGUGACCUGACACGGUAUGUGUCUUUGUUCUUAUUUGGAGACGUUCACAAAGAACUCUGGAAGACGGAGCAAGGUACUGUUGUAGGGUUGCUCAAUGCUAACCCAAUGAAACCCAAGGAUGGUUCAGAGGAGGUGUGCAUAUCUAUUGAUCAUCCUCAGAAAGUUUUAAUUAUGGGCGAAGCUCUUGACCUGGGAACCUGUAAAGCAAAGAAGAAGAAUGGAGAACCGUGUACACAGAUUGUUAAUUUGAACGACUGUGAGUAUUGUCAGUAUCACAUCCAGGCUCAGUACAAGAAGCUCAGUGCAAAGCGAGCCGAUCUGCAGUCCACUUUCUCUGGAGGACGAAUUCCCAAGAAGUUUGCCCGCAAGGGUGCCAGCCUAAAAGAACGGCUAUGUCAAGACGGAUUUUACUACGGAGGUGUUUCCUCAGCAUCAUAUGCAGCCUCAAUGGCAGCAGCUCUUGCUCCAAAGAAGAAGAUUCAAACCACUCUGACUAAUCUGGUUGUUAAGGGCACAAAUUCGAUCAUCCAAGAGACGCAACAAAAGCUGGGAAUACCCCAGAAGAGCCUGUCUUGCUCUGAGGAGUUCAAGGAAUUGAUGGAACUGCCAACGUUUGGAGCCAGAAACUUAAAACAGCAUUUCGCCAAAGCCACGGCCUCAGGGAUGAUGGGGAGCCCGAAACCUGCUAUCCAGUCCAUCUCUGCGUCAGCCCUCUUAAAGCAACAGAAGCAGCAAAUGUUAGAGAUGAGGAAAAGGAAGUCAGAAGAAAUACAGAAACGAUUUCUCCAGAGCUCAAGUGAGAGUCCAGUUGUGCCAUCCUCAUCUCGACAGCCCCCAGCUCAGUCACCACGAAUGGGGGCCGAGGUCCCCCGGCUGGAAGGAGUCCCAGCCACAUGGACGCCUAAGCUGGGGCGAGGCAUCUCAGAAGGAGAUGAUGUUCUGUUCUUUGAUGAGUCUCCACCACCAAGACCAAAGCUGAGUGCUUUAGCGGAAGCCAAAAAGUUAGCCGCUAUCACCAAAUUAAGAGCAAAAGGCCAGAUUCUUACAAAAACAGACCCAAAUGACAUUAAAAGGAAACAAAAGGACCCUCAGGACGUCCUGGAAGUAAAGGAGCGAGUAGAAAAAAACCACACAUCUUCUCCAGCUGAGGAUGAAUUGGAGCCUGCCAGGAAAAAAAGGAGAGAUCAGCUUGCCUACCUGGAAUCUGAGGAAUUUCAGAAAAUUCUAAAAGCAAAAUCGAAACACAUCGACAUUCUAAAAGAGACUGAGGCUGAGCUUCAGGAAAGAUACUUUGAGCCACUGGUGAAAAAAGAACAAAUGGAAGAAAAGAUGAGAAACAUCAGAGAAGUGAAGUGCCGGGUUGUGACAUGCAAGACGUGUGCCUACACCCAUUUCAAGCUCUUGGAGACCUGUGUCAGCGAGCAGCACAGCUACCACUGGCAUGACGGCCUGAAGAGGUUUUUCAAGUGUCCCUGUGGAAACAGAAGCAUCUCUCUCGACAGGCUCCCGAAAAAGCACUGCAGUAAUUGUGGCCUCUACAAAUGGGAACGGGACGGAAUGCUAAAGGAAAAGACUGGCCCAAAGAUAGGAGGAGAAACCCUGUUACCAAGAGGAGAAGAACAUGCAAAAUUUCUGAACAGCCUUAAAUAAAUAGCUCUAUCUUCAGACAUUUUCCUAUAACCUGCCUUGCUUCCUUUGGCCCUGGAAGAGCAAGGGAUUCACAUUGUAUUGGCCAUGUUUCUGACUGACACAAUCAAAACCAAGUGCUUGUUAAGCCCACAGGCUUUGUUUGCCUACUUUACUUUUCUCCAUUUGACACCAAAUCGAACAUCGACAUUUAGGUGGAAAAUCAAGGUACCAUUGUCUUUCCUAUGCCGACUACAGAUGACGACAUUACUAGAUUCACAGAGAUUUUUUUUCCCUCUAAAACUGGAAUAACUAAAGUAAGAGCUGUGUUUCCGUGUCUCUCGGUUAUAAAGACUCUACUCCUUUAUCACAAUAUAGUUCUAGUGUUUAAAUGGACACCCAGAGACCAAAUAUUUGAGUCAGCUUAACUUUUGCCCCAGGUAAGUUGCUUAAUUUCACAUUCCUUGUCUGGGAAAUGAGAAAUACUGGAAAUGAUCUUAAUGAUCUAGAAAUGUAUCUCUCAGUAGAGUCUACAAAUAAUGUAACCUUUUUCCUUCUAGAGAAUUAUGAUCAUUGCCCUUCAUAGGGUCAUGAUUUACAGAUGUUAAAAGCCACAUUCCAGCUUUCUAUGCUGUUAUUACCUCUGUUAUACUCUGAUCAAGUCUCAGAAUCACUUUGCGUUUUAGUUUAUUUAUAUAGAGGGCCAGCUCUCUGCUCCUAUAGUAUUGUGGUGCUCUCUACUAGGAAUAUCUAAAAUCUCAUCAUUUUGAAGAAUGAAUUUAUUUAACCAUGGCUCAAAGAAACUUUGACACCUCUCACUAAAAUGCAGACAAAAUUUGAGAAGCUCUGAACUAUGAUUGAAGAACAGAAGCAUUACAUAAAGACAGAAUCCCAUGGCCUUUGGGGUUUACAGAUUUGCACACAGCAAGAAUUAAAAGUCAAAUCCUAUACAAGUUAGCACAACAAAAUUUAGUUGAGAUUCUUUUGUCUGGGUCGCCUGAUUUUCCAAAUAUCACUUGAUCCCAGUGAAUUGCUGCUACAAUAAAGAUUGGGUAAAUUGUUAGGAUUAUGAUAUUAAAAUUUCAACUCUAGCUGGAAAUAGUUUAGGUUUCCCCCAAGAUGCUAUUGUGUUAAGAACAUAACACUUACAGGAUCUAGUUGUGGAAGAUGGUGGGUUUAGGUUUUCAAGAGCCAGAAAUAAAAUGCACUUGCCCUAAAUUUCAUAAAAUCGAUUCGUAUAGGUAUGAGUGGAAGGUGCUAUGUCUGACCCUUGGGCUUCUCCUAAGGUUAUGUCCUGAUAACUGUGCUUCUCGGAGAACUUCACUUUCCAGAAGGUAUUUGGUUUAUAACAGGUUUUGUCUGACAAAGACAAGAAUAAAGUGUUUAAUUACGAAUACAAACCAAAAAGCAGUUGAAACUCAUAUUUUUAUGGCUCAUAUAGAGUAGAUUUGUCUCAUGAACUUAAAACAGCAGUGUAUGUGAAGUAGGUCAUAACUGCACAGUUGGAACACCGGGUUACUCUUUGAGCAGUCUCCUUGCAGUGUAAGAGGCAUGUUCUUGUUUGUACCACCCCAGUCUCUACAUGCUUGUGCAGGGUCUUUAGGUUGUAUAAUAGACUUGUAAAAGCCAAUGAACUGGCUCUGGAUACCUUUUUAAACCUUGAUUUUAUAUUUUUACAUAACCUUAAAGUACUGUAUAAUUUAAUCACUUCUUAGUUGUGCUAAGUCUUGGAGGUCUUUCAUUGUGUGUGUAUGUGUGUGUGUGUGUGUGUGUGUGUGUGUGUGUGUGCACUUGUGCGUGCUUUCUUAGACUAUUCAGAGGUGAGAAGUAGUGAGGUUAGUGCAGGUUGGGGAAACUUCCUUGUUUUCCCUGAAAAUAUUCUCAGUGAGAUUAAUCUAAUACUACCCUCUGUCUGCAUGUAUUAAAUGGUUUCAUACAAAUCCUAAGAGUAUGUUUGAUUUUUUUCCUAGUCUGUCGUUGGUAACAUAGGGCUUAUUGUAUCAUUAGAAGCCAACAG